UUCAGUAAAAAUUUGGGGGCGCAAUUCGCCGGAUUAAAAAAACCAUUUUAUACGAGUUUUUGUGGCGGAAAUUUUGAAUGUUUUGAACUGGCGAUGCCAAUCGACGCGGCGUCGCUUCCUGGUCACAAAAAACACAAUUUCCCCGGAAAAUUCGGUGGAAAACGCGAGAAAAUUGCGAAAAACUGAAUGUGUGAGGGAGACAGUAUCACUGAUGUGCACUGUCUCAUUUUCUCUUUAGCAAAAUGUGCCAAAAAAUAGCAGUGGUGGCUUUUGGAACUACAUUUUUACCGCGCCAAAUUCAAAAAUAGUCAAAAAAGCAUGAAUUUUGUAUGGGGGCGCUACGAAGUGGGGCUCUGGGGGGAAAAUGAAUGUCGUUGGUAAAAACCGCCUGGUAUCAGUAGUCUCUGUACCAAAUUUCAUCGCGAUCGGACCAACGGUGUAGAAAUGCAUAGCUGAACAGGAACGAAAUUGACAGAUCUUUCUUUAUUUUAUAUAUAGAUAGAUAGAUAGAUUCAUUAGUCAGAAAAGUCAAAACAUUCAAUUUCGUCCCGACGCAAAAUUGCAUUUUUCUCAUGAAAGGAAACGGAAAAACGAGGAAAUUCGCAUGAAGACACCGCAAUUGUUAAGUGAAUUUCCCAAUUUUGUUUGUUUGUUAGGAAAAUUCUGAGAAAGUUUACGUGUGAUUUGGUGAAAGUUUUUCCAAGCGGUAGAAAUAAAUGGCGAGCACACAGUCCUACAAUCCUUCCACAUCGGAGGAUGAUUCAAUCCCUGAGUAUCCGGAUUGUAGUUUUACCGGCUACAGCAAUGGUAUGGAGAGGGUGCAGCAGGAGGAGGAUGAUCGCGAUGAGGAGCCCGAACAGCGAAGGGGACAGAAGAGGAGGCGCGGGCAGAAUGAGGAGGAUGAGCCCAAAGUGAAGAAGUCCACGUAUUCGGAUAUUUCGUGGCGGAUGAUGAAGAAGAUGGGAUAUCAGGAUAACACAGGUUUGGGGAAACACAGUCAAGGGCGUGUUGAUCCGGUUGAGGCGUCAAAGCAGAAGGGGAGACGUGGUUUAGGUGCUGCCCCCGACCCGGUGGAUCAUUCAGCUACGCGCUUUGAUGAGACAGAGGAAGUUAUCCAAAUGCCAGAGAUUAUUGACUGGCUGCGUAGUGAGAUGGAUGAUCUGGAUGAAUUGGACAGAAGUAAAUUGGAUGAGUGGUGUGUUCAUGGCACAAGGAAGCUCACAAUUGAUGAUGAAACCCUCUUCUGUGACCCGGAAAUACUAAAACUCGUCCUGGAGGCAAAGACCGUGUUUGACGAUAUGAACGAUCUGGAAAUGCGAAGGGCAUGCCAACGCAGCAAUCCAUUUGAGACCAUCAAGAAUGCCGUAUUUCUCAAUAGAGCCGCCGUGAAGAUGGCCAACAUGGAUGCCCUGCUUAAUUUUAUGUUCACAAACCCUGUGGACGAAGAUGGGAGCUCCCUCGUACGUGACUACGAACUUCUCUACUUUGCCGAUGUCUGUGCCGGGCCCGGAGGGUUCUCUGAGUAUGUGCUGUGGAAAAGAAAGUGGCACGCAAAGGGUUUUGGAUUUACCCUCAGAGCAGAGAAUGAUUUCAAUCUGGAUAACUUCCUUGCUGGACACCCCGAAACCUUCCAUCCCUUCUACGGGAUCAAGGAGGAUGGUGAUGUGUACAAUCCGGAAAACAUUGAGUCCCUGAUGAAGUUGGUGAUGAAUGAAACGGAAACCGGAGUGCACUUUAUGAUGGCAGAUGGGGGAUUUUCAGUGAAGAAUCAGGAGAAUAUCCAAGAGAUUCUAUCAAAGAGACUCUACCUGUGUCAGUGUCUCGCAGCAUUGAGUAUUUUGCGCGAGAAAGGGCACUUUGUUGUGAAGCUGUUUGAUCUCUUUACACCCUUUAGUGUGGGCUUAAUCUAUCUCAUGUACAAGUGCUUCCGGCAGAUUGCCAUUAUAAAGCCCAACACAAGUCGUCCGGCCAAUUCAGAGCGUUAUCUCGUGUGCAAGUGGAUGAAACCCCAUACUGACACCAUUCGUCGGCAUCUUUUGGACAUCUGUGAGACUAUGUACAACUCGUCCGGGAAUGAGGACAUCCGGGAGCUUGUUCCGUAUGAAAUUCUUAGGGAGGACACACGAUUCUUCCGGUAUAUUUAUGAAUCUAACAAUCGUAUUGGGCGAAAUCAAAUAACGGGAUUGCGUAAGAUUGCUGCUUAUGCACAGAAUAAGAAUUUGGUGGAGACACGACAGGCUGAGAUUCGGGAGCAAUGCCUCAGGGAGUGGCACCUUCCGAGUACAAUGAGGACAGCAGCCAAAGGGCAGAAGACAUCACACGAGGAGUAUGGUAGUGAACUUCUGAGGGAUACAGAUAAGAAGUUCAUGACAAUACCAGAAAAUUUAUUGACUGGCCAGGCGAAGUUGGAACAGAUCUUUGGUGAGAUGCAGGAGCACUGGUACUUUGUGGCACUGAAUACACCGGAAAAUAGCCAGAAGAACUACAGGACGUUCUUCCUUAGCAAAGGACGGCAGGAUGUUGUGAUGUUGAAUGCAAAGGGAACAUGGGAGCACUUACCAAAGGGUGUUCUGGUUGAAAUGUCACCAAAAACCCUAAUCUACGGUGAAAUUGUGCAAGAACACAAGGGUGAGGAUCGAUCGCAGCGGACUACCUUCGCUCUACACAUCAUUGACGGUCUCUUUCUCGACGGGGAGGACAUUCGGAAGUUCCCGCUGCUGGAGCGCAAUAGAUUGUGUCACAAAUUCGCUCAGGCUGUCAAUAAGCCCACCGUGCCGGGCUGUGGGGAAACUACGGUACCCAUAAGGUGCAAAAAGUUGAUUCCCUUCCGCGAUGUGGGACCCUUCAUUGAUGGUUUGCAGUAUUUUGGACUGAAGAACAUGACACAGCGCAAGGGAUACAUCUUGCCCAACACCGAUGAGCGCUUCUACAUCCCCAAAGCGCUGCUAUUUCUCUGCGAAAUCAAAUCCAACCUCCGUAUGCACAUGAGUACUCGCCUAGGUGAACCCUACUACUACGACACAACGCAGAAGCACCCCUUCAGCCAGCGAGAACUGAAGGAUCCACACAGCAUUCUCGCUUCCUUCGUAACAACCUUCAACUUCCGGCAACUGUGGAAGUGGGAGCAGGAGCAUCAAAUUGAACCGGCACCCUACAAUCCCAACCACCAUUUGGAUGACGGUGAUGGACUCCUCUGCCGAACGCACUUUGAGUUGCUUACAUGGAAGAGUGACGAGAAGAAGAGGCACUGCUCAAAUCACCACUAGCGGAAUAGUGUUAGGCCAAGAAAUUUGGGGUUAAUCAAUUUUAACAAAAACACUCAAUAAAAAUAGCUUUAGUAUAUAAAUUUUA